AAAGGGGUGUUUUCAUCUUUGGCUGUAAUCAAGCAUCUCCUCAGAGGAAAUCCCCGUAUCACCUCGCAUACCAGCCUACAUUAUCUGCUCACCAAUGUCCGUCAACUCCACUAUGAACGCACUCGCCAACAUCUUGAAGCCUGAAGGUGGUCCUAUGGAUCUCGAGACGAUUCAGAAGACCGAAGAACAGAAAGAGGAGGAGAGAAAGGCUUACGAGGCCAGGAUCGAAGCGACAAAGGUUCCGACGCCGGACGAGUUGGCUGCCAGGGCUGCCGAAGUCACCGCCAGGAUGACCGACUUCAACUGCGACUUUCAUCCUGACGAACGCGCCAAGUUCGAAAUGCGACAAGUCUCCUUCAAACUGUUCAACGCGCUCGUCCUCUCGCUUCCCGAGAAGAUCGACCAGGAAGACCCCGUCUGGCAGAGGAAGACCAAGGAAUUCUUGGUGGCCUUGUACUGGCCGAUAUUGGGAGUGAGACUAGGAAGAUCGAAGAUACAUCAUCCCGUUCAGUUUGUUACCAUGUCGCUGGAGGGAAGUUAUGUAUUCGGUCGGUGUAUCUUGCAAAUCGACAUCCCAGCGCUAGACUAUCGCACUGUCGGUCAAGAUGCAGCCUCGAAGUGCAGUAUCUCCUGCAGUCGUUAUAUCGAUCCCCACAUCAGCGCUCCGGAUCCGACUAAGGCAUGGCUUGAAACAGAUGUACAUA